AUGAUGGAGCAAAUACAUAUACGAUCAAGAGAUAAACAAAAUAAUAUUCAUCAUUUACGAGCAUUGAAACCACAAGUGACAAAACUUUCUCGACAACAUCAUCAUAUUCGUCGAUCAUAUAAUAAUCAACAUGAAAAUCAAUUUAAAAAUAAAUCAAAGACUAUUAGAACUAAACGUCAUGUAUCGUUGUCGAGUAAUAAUUUCUGGCAUAAUAAUAAUUCAGAAACAAAAAUAACAAAUAAUACAGCAAGUGAUAUUACACGAGAUGAUGAAUUGGAUUUAUCCGUCAA